CCAAGCCUACAUAUCAAACAAGUCCCGACGACUCGACAAUCUGUGGUUGUCACUUCACCAUCAACAACCUAUAUUGAUAUGAAGGCUUUCGAGCCUGCUGUGCUUUACGGUUUAACACCAAACAUUCAGACAACAUAUUCUCCAGUACAAGUUCCAAUACGAGAUGGUAAUUCCGAUUUGAAUGCCAACUCAUAUUCUAAUUAUUCCACCAGUUUUCCCGGUUUUACAAAUGCGACGACUACACUGCAGGGCGCACAACUUACUUCUGUAGAAAACCCGUCGUCUAGUUUUAUCAGCAACGCUCCGCUGCAGUCUACGUUUAUGUGUACAAGGUACGAUCCACCGAGAGUUGGCAGUAAUUUCCAUCUACCAGAAAAUCCUGUUUAUUGCCAAAAUAUCUCUUAUUCAACGCAGCUAGUCGAGGAUACGAUGCCCUUUGAUUCCAACACUUACACAGUAGGGAGCUGA